AUGGCGGAGACGGUGGCGGACACCCGGCGGCUGAUCACCAAGCCGCAGAACCUGAAUGACGCCUACGGGCCGCCCAGCAACUUCCUAGAGAUCGAUGUGAGCAACCCGCAGACGGUGGGGGUCGGCCGAGGCCGCUUCACCACCUAUGAGAUCAGGGUCAAGACAAAUCUGCCUAUUUUCAAGCUGAAGGAAUCUACAGUUAGAAGAAGAUACAGUGACUUUGAAUGGCUGCGAAGUGAAUUAGAAAGAGAGAGCAAGGUUGUAGUUCCCCCACUCCCUGGAAAAGCAUUUUUGCGUCAACUUCCUUUUAGAGGAGAUGAUGGAAUAUUUGAUGACAAUUUCAUUGAAGAAAGGAAGCAAGGGCUGGAGCAGUUUAUAAACAAGGUCGCUGGUCAUCCUCUGGCACAGAAUGAACGUUGUCUUCACAUGUUUUUACAGGAUGAAAUAAUAGAUAAAAGCUAUACUCCAUCUAAAAUACGACAUGCCUGA